CGGCCAUUUUUCAACAUGAGCCCUCAACAGAACCCCAACUCGCAGCAGCGCUCGACGCGCCGCUUGGAACAGGUCGGCAAGCAGCUCACGAUUUCGGCGUCGAUCGUGGACGAAGAUAGUCUGCAUGCGUCCCGCGUCAAGGAAAUGCAAGCGUUCAUGAACCAAGAACGCUUCCGUCACACGACACGACCGUACGCGGCGGAAGACGUGGUCAAGCUCCAAGGCACUGUCAUUCAGUCGUACGCGUCGACGCAACAAGCGAUGAAGUUGUACUCGAUGCUGCGCUCGUUACAGGCGCAGGGAAAGUGUAGCCACACGUUCGGCGCGCUCGACACGAUUCAAGUUGUCCAGAUGGCCAAGCAUUUGACGUCUGUGUACAUUUCAGGGUGGCAAUCGUCGUCGACAGCGUCGUCGACGAACGAACCUGGCCCAGACGUUGCUGACUACCCCAUGGACACGGUCCCGAACAAGUGUGACCAACUCUUUCGUGCGCAAUGUUUCCAUGACCGUAAGCAAUACGAAUCGCGCCGUCGUAUGAGCCCCGCCGAGCGCGCCGCGUCCCCAGCCGUCGACUUCAUGCGUCCCAUCAUUGCCGAUGCGGACACUGGCCAUGGUGGUCUCACCGCUUGCAUGAAGCUCGUGAAGCUAUUUGCUGAACGGGGUGCUGCCGGUAUCCAUUUGGAAGACCAAAAGCCAGGGACCAAGAAGUGCGGACACAUGGGAGGCAAGGUGUUGGUGACAACGCAAGAGCAUAUCUCGCGCCUGAUCGCCGCGCGCCUUCAAGCAGACAUCCUCCAAGUUCCUCUGGUCAUCAUCGCCCGCACCGAUGCCGAAGCCGCGACGCUUCUAGACAAUAACUCGGACGGCCGUGACCACCCCUUCAUCCUUGGCGCGACCAACUUGAACGUUGAAUCGUUUGCUGACGCCACACGCAACGGCCGUGCUGACACGUGGGACAAGGAUGCCGGCUGCAUGACGUUCACCGAAUUUGUGGCCAGUCAGUUGAGCAGCAACGCCACGGCGCUUGCGGCGUGGAAGCGUCAAGCAUUUUCCGACAUCAACGCGAUGAAGAAGUAUGCGAUCGACGUGUUGGGCCUGGCUGUGUCGUCGUUUUGCUGGGAGAAGGCUCGCACGGUCGAAGGCUAUUACCGCGUUCGCGGCGGCGUGGACUUUUGCAUUGCCCGCGCCAAGGCGUAUGCGCCGUACGCCGACUUGAUUUGGAUGGAGACGACUGUUCCAGGCCUGCCGCUGGCUCGGCAAUUUGCGUCGGGCGUCCACCGCCAGUUUCCUCACCAAAUGCUUGCGUACAACUUGAGCCCGUCGUUCAACUGGGACGCUGCCGGCAUGUCGGACGCGGAGAUCCGCACGUUUAUCGACGAACUCGCUGCGCUCGGCUACACGUGGCAGUUUAUCACGUUGGCUGGUUUCCACAGCGAUUCGCUUGGCAUCACCCGCUUUGCCCGCGAUUUUGCCGAGCGAAAAAUGUUGGCGUAUGUGACGGGCAUUCAGCGUGCUGAGCGCACGGAAGGCGUCGAGACGCUCAAGCACCAGGGCUGGUCGGGCACGGAGCUGAUUGAUGCCAUGCAAAACACGGUCACGGGUGGGCUGAGCUCGACCAACACGAUGGGUCACGGUGUGACGGAGGCGCAAUUUUAGCGCUGUUUGCACUAGGAUAGACGAUAACGAAAGGGGGUAUGUGCGAAAAGCUUGGUUGCCGUCGCAUCUCUUGGGGACGGCUACCGACGAG